GCGACUUGGAAAGGGGGUGCAAGCUAUGGAGAACGCAACAUGUGUGCAGUGUUCCCUUGCACUUUCUGGGAAAGUGCUUCGUUGUGGACUUGGACUCUUUCACUAUGAGUGCUUCACAUGCUCUGUAUGCUCGACCAACGUGGCCACCGAGUACUUUGAGAAGGAAGGCGCCUUGUUUUGCUCCACCGACUACUCGGACCGCUUCCGUGACAAGUGUACCGCAUGUACCGAGCCCAUUACCGACAAGGCGUUUCUGGCGUUGGGCAACAAGUAUCACAGCCAAUGCCUGGUGUGCAGUGAGUGCCAGUGCUCGCUGUCGGACGGGACGCCGCUGACGCAGAAGGACGGCAAGGUGGUGUGUGUGGCGUGCUCGAACGGACUGGUCCAGGAUGUGUCGAAGAAGACUUGCGCAGUGUGCUCAGAGACUUUUCCGCCGGGAUCGACGGUGGUUACGGCGCUGAACAACAUGUACCAUAACGAUUGCUUUGUGUGCUCGGUCUGCCAGGUCCCGGUUGCGUCUGCGUUCAAGUUCAAGGACGGCUCGAUUUUCUGCGUCCCGCAUUACACCGAGAAGUAUGCGCCGCGGUGCGCAAAGUGCGAGCAGCCGAUUGUGGGCGUCUCGCUCGAGUCGCUGGGGCGCAAGUUCCACGUCGAGUGCUUCUCGUGCAGUGUGUGCGGCAAGGUGUACGAGGACGGCGAUGCUUACCUGGUCCGAGACGAGUUUGUCUUUUGUUCUGCAGAGUGCGGAUCGAAGGACGUGCCAUCUGUUGCAACGUCGUCGUCUGCGGCAGCAGCGCCUACUCCCGAGACGGCGGCCGCGACCGAGGUAGACGCUGCGCGGAGAGAGGCCGAGAGCAUGUUGGAUGAGGAAAGUGGCGAUGGUAAUGACACCUCCGCUGCUGCCACCGCCAAGGCCGAGGCCGAUGCUGCUGCCGCUGCCAAGGCCGAGGCCGAUGCUGCUGCCGCUGCCAAGGCCGAGGCUGAUGCUGCUGCCGCCGCCAAGGCCGAGGCCGAUGCUGCUGCCGCCGCCAAGGCCGAGGCCGAUGCUGCUGCCGCCGCCAAGGCCGAGGCAGACGCCGCCGCUGCCAAGGCCGAAGCAGACGCCGCCGCAGCCAAGGCCGAAGCAGACGCCGCCGCUGCCAAGGCCGAAGCAGACGCCGCUGCCGCCGCCAAGGCCGAGGCUGAUGCUGCCGCCGCUGCCAAGGCCGAGGCUGAUGCUGCCGCCGCUGCCAAGGCCGAAGCAGACGCCGCCGCCGCCGCCACGACAGCGACUACUGCCCCCAAAUCCUCCGAGACACCAGACGGCGUGAUUGUGGCCGAUGACGGCCGCCCAGUCCUCGCCCUCUCGCUCUCCGACUCGGACGCCGACUCGGACAACGACUCCGACUCGGGCUCGGGCUCGACCGAGGUCGGCGAGCCCGACGACAUCCAUCCUGCCGGCACCGACUUUGAGUAG